AUGCACCUCCUGAAGCUUCCGAAGAAUGUAAGGGGCGGUUGCCAAUCUUCUUCUUAUGGCCUUCAUGUAGAGCCCAUGGAUCUUGGAUCUGGAAACUGGUCUCGUGGGGCUGAACCGUCUGUGACGGGCAACAAGCAAGCUAGAUCCAAAGCUGGUGGAUCCAUUGGUACCCGAUCCGUUGCUAAGAUGCAACAAGCACUGCGUGCGCUGUUCCCUGAAAGACUGCAUAUGUGUGGAAGGCAGGAGACUGCCUCUUUGGGCUAG